AUGCCCGGAGUCGUGACUCGCUCCACCACCGCCGCCUCCGCCGCCGCCGCCUCCGCCGCCUCCUCCACCUCCGCCUCCUCCACUACCUCCGCCACCUCCGCUCCCUCCGCCACCUCCACCGCCUCCGCCGCCUCCACUGCUGCCGCCGCUGCCGCCACCCCGGCACCACUCCCACCACCAACCCCACUCCCUCCACUGCCUCCACCACCACCUCCACCGCCCCCUCCAGCCCCUCCAGUGCCCUUGCCCCCCUUGCCCUUGCCGGAAAAGCUGCAGAUCAUCUACCCAGACCUCAAAGUCCACUGCCCCACCCUCAGCGUCAAAGCGGCUCGGCUGUCGGGCGGCUCGGCUGCUGGGCGGCUCGGCUGUUGGGCGGCUCGGCGGUCGGGCGGCUCGGCGGUCGGGUGGUCGCGCGGCUCAGCUGGCCGGCGGUUCGUCUGCUCGGCGCUGGGCGGCAGGGCCGCAGGUGACGGCGAGGCCGCAGGUGGCGGCGGGGCCGCAGGUUGCGACGGGGCCGUAGGUGGUGGCGGGGCCGCAGUGGGCGGCGGGGCCGGAGGUGGCGGCGGGGCCGCAGGUGGCGGCGGGGCCGCGGGUGUCGGCGGGGCCGCAGGUGGCGACGGGGGCCGCAGUGGGGGACGGGGCCGCAGGUGGCGACGGGGCCGCAAAGGGGCCGCAAGGGGGCCGUAG